CUUCGGUGCAGUCGCCUACCGGCCUGCCGACGUGGCGGGGCGGAAGAGGAGCCGCUGGCUGGCACCGAGCGGAACACCAUGUCCCAGGCUGCCCCCUCUGACGCAGACGCCUCUGCAGACACCACCCAUCCACCUGGCCAAGCCCCUCACACUGAGCCCGGCUGCUGCCAGGAUGGCCCAGCGGCCUCGACACUACCCUCAGCCCCUCUGCAGCCUCCUUUGACCCCUGAGAGUCUCAGCUUCCCACAGUUCACCAAGGAGACGAGCACAGAGCACACCGCCACCGAGACUGGCACCUCAGAGGGUUCGGCCGACCAACCAGCGCGUGGGGCUGAGGGUCAGGUGAUCGAAUGUGACCAACCGGUGAGCCUGGAGCCGGACACAGAGGCUGCAGAGGAGGAUGUGGAGAGGUCACUUCAGGAGAAAGAAAAAGGCUGGGGAGGUUGGAGUUCAUGGGGAAAAUCUCUACUUAGCAGUGCCACCUCCACUGUGGGUCAGAGCCUGACCUCAGUUAAGGUGAAGGCAGGAGAGGCUCUUCGUCUCCAAAGGACCUCAGUAGGAGAGGAGGCACAGGAAGAGGAGGAGGGAGCAGAAGUGAAGAGAGAGGGAGGAGGUGAAAGUGGAGAGGCUGACUUCUCCAGCUCAGAGGAGUCUCCUUCUGCGAGUGCAGCAGCUUCUAGCAGAGGUGUUUUCUCUACAAUCACCCACGCUGUGCAGAACACAGGUAAGUCAGUGAUCAGUGGAGGUCUGGAUGCCUUGGAGUUCAUUGGAAAAAAGACCAUGACUGUUCUUGCUGAGAGUGACCCGGGUUUCAAAAAGACCAAGACCCUGAUGCAGAAGACUGCAUCACUGAGUCAGAUGUUGAAGGAAGCCAAGGAGAAGGAGCGGGCGCGUCUGAGCAACCAGCCGAUCAGUGCGCCCACAGCUCACUAUGGUAUUCUGUUUGACGACUACCAGGGCUUAUCACACCUUGAGGCCCUGGAGAUUUUGUCCAAUGAGAGUGAGGCCAAGGUUCAAGCAUUCCUCUAUUCCCUGGGGGAAGAAGAGCAGGACGAGGUGAAGAAGGAGCUGAUUUUAAUCAGAGAUAUUUUCAUCAAGCGAGAGGAAGAGGAGGAGGGAGGAGAGGAAGAAGGAGGAGGAGGACAGACGAAGGAUAACGGUGAUCUAAGUUCCCAAUUACAGUGUUCUACCCCCCUGUUGUUUCUGCCAGCUGCUGAUGGCGAGGAGUUUGUGAGUGUUCUCACUGAGCUGCUGUUUGAGCUUCAUGUCGCUGCCACGCCGGACAAACUCAACAAGGCUCGGAUGAGGGCCCAUGAUUGGGUGAGCGAGGUGGAACAGCCUGUCACUACGGAGACAGUUGGCAGGGAAACGCAGGACCAGCAGGGGGGAGAGGCCUCGCCUGUAGAGAACGAAAAGGAGGAGAAGAAGAAAGAUGGAGAGGAGCAGGGGGAGGAGAUAAAGGGAGGAGAGGAGGAAAAGAAGGAGACAGAGAACGACCCCAGAUCUGUAGAGGCUGUCUACCUGUCAUCAGUAGGGAGUCUGGCAGAAGUGACGGCUCGCAGUAUCGAGCAGCUCCACAAGGUGGCAGAGCUCAUCCUCCAUGGCCAGGAGUUAGAGAAACCAGCCAGAGAGCAGGCACACAUCCUCACCAGGUUGACAUGUGCCAUGUGUAAGGAGGUGGAGUGUUUGGCCAAGAAGUUCUCUGAUAUGCUGCUUCUUGUUGGGGGCCAGAGGAAAGCAGAGGAGUUGAAUCCACUGGUAGACAGUGUGCUGCUAGAGGGCUCCAACAGUACAAACUACAUCCAGAAUGCAUUUCAGCUGCUGCUUCCUGUCCUGCAGAUCUCCCACAUCCAGAGCCAACACUGCCGACCCACCACAGAACCAGCUGUGCAGACACAGCACUAACACACACACACACACACACACACACACACACACACACACACACACACACACACACACACACAUGCUACCUGCUCACCCGCUUGUCUUAAUAUAUCUGUUGUUGUACAGUGAAAUCUAGAGAUUAGAUUAUUCCAGAUUAAGUGCUUAUAUCUACAUUAAGUGCCACAGCAACAGGCAGAAGAUGUUGUUUAUAUAUGCAGAAUAUAAUCUUGAAGAUAACAGUUUAAUUAACAGAUACAAUUAGAAAUGACCCACAUGCAGGUUGUAUGUGCAUUUCUUCCACCUUGUAUCUCUGAAUGUUAUUUUGUCUCUGUACGCAGUUGAUAUUUUGCUUUGAGGAACCAAACCGUGUUCAGAGCUCAUUCAAGAUCAGCUGUGACUAACAAGCAAAGAUGUUUCUCUACCAUCUCCAAAAUACUGAACCAAAAACAAAACAAAACGUAACUGAUUGUGUUGAAGGGACUCUACAUUAAUGUAUGUUAAGCUGUCUUUGCACUCCUUAUGCUCCAUUGUUAUUUUAACAGAAAGUACUUUGAAUAACACUAGUGAAAUGUCUGUUUUGCUGAAUUGUUUUAAUCUGGUUUGAGACAAAAUGCCAGUAUUAGUGAUGAUACACCACAAUUUUUGCUUGUUUGUUGUUUUUUUUUUUACCUUAAAUUAUAUGAAGCAACACUACCUUAUAUUUCACUCCUAUCCAGUUUUCAAAUCAACUGAUCAAUCAGAAAAAAAUGUAUCUUAUACUUUGAAUUAGAAAACAUUUAGUUGUUCUUCUCCCUUCUUGUGUACUCUGAAGGCUUUAUGUAGGGGAAUUCACAUCUAAUUUUGUUUAGUCGUGCUGCUAUACUUAAAAGAAUAAUUUGACAUUUUGGGAAAAAAGCAAAUAAGCGCGUUUCCCGACUUGAAGAAGGCUUUAGCCAAAAAAUGUAGGUGUGUUUUUAUUUUCUCUUGGCCUCUCGAAUAAAGCUUUUAAUAUUGUUUUGCCAGGAUCCCUAGAUUUCUAAAGUUCUUCACCCCCAGAGGCAAAUAUAUCAACCAUUUUCCACUUUCCACAUGUGGAGUUUCAGCAGCAAUCCCAAGAUGCUCACAGUGCAUCUGUUUUUUAAUAUCCAGCGUGAAAUUGACUCUUAGCUUACAGCCCGUAGUUAUUUCGACCUCUGUAAGAUAAAGUACUCUCUUCCCCUUAUUUACUUCUCCUUCUCCUCUUUUAGAGACACACUGAUACAGACGCGAAGGCUAUUAAGCAAAGAAAGUUUUAGUCAAUCCUGUCAUCAUGUUUUGGCUCCUUGCAGCUAUAGCCAGAUGGGGUAAGGCUGUUUAUCCGCUGUGCUUCUGCCUUAGAAUACAAAAUGAUUUAUAAUGCAAGCUGGAAAAUGUCUGGGGGCAAGUCAUUUAUUUAACUUUGGACACUUUACUAAUGUGUUGAGACUGCCCUCUAAUAAAAUGCCCUAAGACUGUUUGAGGAUGAGAUGUUGAAA